UUGUUUACAGUCCAGACGCUGGCAUGGUCAUGUUGUCAGGUGGUCUGGGAGGUGGUCUGCACGAGCACGCGCGCGCUGAUCGAUUAUAUUGAUCGAAGUCGAUUGCGAUGGCGUGGAGAGUGGAUUUGAUCGAAGCAUUGAUCUUAUGCUGCAUCGGAUGGGGGCGCUGAGAAGACACAGAGAAGAAGAUGAUGAUGAUGAUGAUGUCCUCCAUUCUCCAGGCGCUGCUCCUUGCAGAGCCCUGGCUCCGCACCUGCGGGGCCCCCACGUACGUCCCCGGCCACAGCCGGACGCAGGACGGCUCCUGCGAAGAGCUCUGCGCCACGGAGCCUGCUCCCUUGGAGAAAGAGCGCGUUACCAGCUUCAUGCUGGAUGUGGGCGAGGGAGGAGGGACUGGCCCAGAUGGAGGCCCGGAGGGGAUCGGUCCAGUGACGCAGGCGAGAAACGGGGUCAGCGCUCGUGGAAGAUUUGGGUUGAGCGGGGCUGGUCGAAAGGAGACCGAGAGCGAACCUGAGGGCGGAGAUGGAGGUCUUGUAAAGCCCGGGGGUCCAACAGGUGGGAGACAACAGGUGGACGCCGACAUGAACACCCACGCGCGCACGUCAGGUAGUUCCCGGGCCUCCAUUGCGGUGCGGACGGACUCCUCCUACAGCCAAGAGAGCAAACAGGGCGGAACAGACGCGACCAAGCCGCCCGCCUUUGAAUCUGGACAAGAUGGACACGCCGAGGCGACCUCGCAGGCUUCUCCAAACGCUCCCCUCUGGUCCCCCAAACCGGCCUCCCUCAGUCCCGUCCCUCCGUUGUCGCUGGUCACUCCUCGGACCGCCACACGCCCGUCGGCGUGGGGCCACGACGGACCAACGAGACCCUCGCCUCCAGAUCUGCUUCUGCCUGAAAUCGGACCGCUGAAUAUGAUGCCCAGAGAUGACGGCCUGGAGAGUCUGUGGACCGAGGCGGCGAGACCAGCUGGAGCAGACACGGCGGUCCCGCUCCCUCAGGAUGAGGCCACAGAGGCCACCAUGUCUUCAGAGGCACUGCCUCUGAUCUUCGAGCCUUUCGAAGACGCCACAGAGGAGGGACCGGCCGGAGCAGCGGCGGUGGCGGCGGUCUCCCGGGCACCGGCCGGGUCGCCCGGCGCCAUGGCGACCAGGCUGCCGCCCACGUCAGAGGCGGACCCGGACCGGCUGGUGAACUCUGACGCCGACGGCCCGUCCAGGGAGCCGCCGGCUCUUCUAUCCGAAUGGACUUCACCUUGGCAGGCGUCUGGCUCGGAGCUGCUGGAGCCGGUCGGCGCCGGUACCGCUGCCUCACAGCGGCGGGUCCAGACCGAGCAGGAGGAAGAGCAUCCAGGGACAGGAACUGUGAGGACCACAAACUCUGAAGCAGGAACAUCCCACCAUGACACAAUAACAACCAUUGCGAGCCACCGGCUGCUGCACAAAACCAGAACGGGAAUAGAGGAGAUGGAGUCUGAGGAGGAGCUGGAUGAAGAUGAAGACAACGAGAACUCUGAGGAAUCGGUGGAAGAAGACAGUGAAGAAGACCUGACAGAGGCGCCAGAAACGUCCUCCACGCAGCCACCGUACAGCCUGAUCCCUCCGCCGCCGGUCUGGGUCCAGCGCAACCAAGGCCUGAUGCGCAGCUGGGCAGAGCUGAUCAGAGAAAAGGCCGGGUACGUGUCCGGGAUGUUGGCCCCCGUGGGCAUCGGCAUCACCGGGGCCCUGCUGAUCGUCGGCGCCCUCUACAGCAUCCGAAUGCUCCACCGCAAGAGACGCAACAGCUUCAAACACCAGAGGAGGAAGGCCAGGCAGCCGGAGCAACCUUGGGAGCCUGGCACCAGCUGUCAGGACCAGGCCAUGCUGCUGGCUGACAGCUCCGAGGACGAAUUCUGAGAGCAUUCAGGCUUGUUUUUGUGAGCGAUCAUCAGCGGAUGCUCUGGAAAAUGUCUCUGUCAGUAUUAACCCCAUCAGUCUCGUCUGUUUGGGCACGGCUCAUCUGAUACACACAGAAGAAGAAGAAGAAGAAGGACACACACUGUUUGCAAUGUAAAGAGUGUGUGUGUGUGUGUGUGUGUGAAAGAUCCUCACGUUACAUACAAUCAUUGUAGAAAGAAGGUGCGCAAACUUUCAGUUCUUGGUAUUUAAGCAGUUUUCCACUCUGUCCCAGGUUUUCUAAGCAAAGACGAGGCUAAAACAGAGCCACCGUAUCUCGCCUUCACACGACCUAUUACAAAAUGGCUAAAAGGGCGAUUCCACCAAACUAUUCACUACUUCAACUCUAGUUAAAAAACUACAACAAACUUGGACUGAAUCUGCCGGAAAAUAACUUAUAUUUACAGAAUUUGGGUUCUGUAAACCCAAAUUCAUGCUGGUUUUACACGUCAAUAUUGAGUCGUUGUAGGUCAUCAAUUGCUCACUGUGACUGUUUGGCUGGGUGGGUUAUAUUUAACUUAUUUCAUUUUCAGCAUGAAAGUCCCACUGAAUAAACAUAUUUUCUGUCCAUGACUCGCACUGAGCUGGCUGCGAACCACAUUAGCACUCUGAGGACAAGAGUGUCCUACGCCAGGGACGAAAAUUCUCUGAGCAUUGCAGAGUCUCACCUGGAUGGACGCCUGCCCUAUAUGAUGUCUAGUUACUGUCUGAAUUGUUAUGUUUGGUAGCUGCAGAUACUAAAGUAUCUAAGUUGGCGUCUGGCUGUAAGUUAUGUUUGGAACAGACCAUAAAAGCAAAAUGCUGCUAAAGAUGCUUGUCAUGAAGGGGUUGAAUGUUUUAAAAAUAUGCAUCCAUUACUGAAAAGAAUUACUAAUUUUGGCUUUGCUUAUUACAGAACACAUCUAUUUUGCUUAAAAAGAAGAAGAAGAAGAAAAAAAAGUACAUUUCAGUGGGGGUUGCAAACACUUUAGAUCGUUUCUAAUGUUGCAGAUAAAGUCCCGGUUGUGAAAGAGAGCUGACCUUCUUUCCAUCAUGAUUGUAGGCUUGGAGAAUAAACCCAACAGUCUUUCACAGUCCAGCCCAAAGUUAUUCAGACUCAUCAUUUAUUAGCAGUAAGAACUAUUCAUAGAACAUUUCUGUCAGCUAUCAAUAAAAUACAAAGAAACAGCAAAAAUGGAGACUUUGAAAACAUCCUGUUUUGCAUACUUAGUUCAGAAUCAUUUACGACUUUCCCUCAGUGUUAAACUUAUUUUUUUUUUUUUAUAACUUCUGCAUGUUCCUAUUUAUUGUUUUCUCUGAGAAAACCCCCGAUCUAAGCAUUUCUGCACACGGUGCAGAAAUGUUUACCUCCAGACUUUUUCACUUGCGACAGCGUUUUCCCUGACAGGGUUUACGCAAACAGUCUCGUGUCUAAAGCAUCUGCUCAGCAGCGACGAGCAAACACUCUCCCCGUUUGUCCCGAUAAAGCCUUUUGAGAACUUUUGUUUGCCUGGCUGAGAAGAACGGAGGCCGUCCAGCUUGCAGAGAUAACCCUGGCGUGGGAGCCUUGAGACGCCGAAGCAGAGUUCACGCGAGGAAGGCCUCGGCAGUGACCCGUGGGGCUUUGGACGCUGGAAACAUCAGGAGGCCUCCAAAAGCCCCGGAUGUUUAGCAGCUGAGAACCGAAGCAGUCGCGGGAAAAAAAAAAAAAUCCAAUAAUUAUUUUUUUUUCACUGCUGCUUUAAUCCUAUCGUUUUGGGAUUUAUGAGAGGAGCUACUUUAAUCGGUUUUCAUUGUUUAUGGCAAGCUUGGUUUUACAUGUGUGUCAAUGAAAGAAGUAAGAACAUAAGCUGAGUGUAAAUAGCUCAACUGGACACUUUAGGAAUGGUGUCACAUUCAAUUGAGCCGUUGUAGAAAUAAUAAUAAUAAUAAAAAAACACUAGAAAGCUAUUUCCCAAAAUAUGAAACCCUUAUUAAGAUCAAUUUGGUGUCGGUAUCAUAUCCACACUAACGUUUACACACGCAGUGCCUUGCAAAAAUAUUCAUUCAUGUACUUUUUCACACUUUGUCAUGUUUCUGCUGCAAACGUCCCUGCAGAUUUGAAUCGUGUACUUUUUUUUAAACAAAUAAACUUAUUUAAAAAAAAAGAAAGAAAGAAAAGUGUGCACAUAUGUGUUCAGCCCACUAUAAUCACUGUAAUGAUUAUUGACUGCUGUGUGUCGCUCUAUCGGCCCAGUAGAACACAACGACCUUUGAACUGUGGAAAAGAUCAAUGGGUGUGAAUAUUUUUGCAAGAAACCGCACUGCUCUGUAAAAAUAAGUAUUUGCUGCUUUGUGAGGAUCAAACUUUUGGUCAGUGGUGACGGCCUGGUGGCUGUAAAAAGCUUUAAAUUGAACCAAUUUCAACAUCGUUGUUUUUAACUCUUUCAAGAGGUAAAAAAGCUAAUUUCACCUCAUUAUGAAAUGAGCUUAUUGUUACAUUAUUAUUUAUAGAAACAAAAUAUUGGACCUACAGAAAACAAAAACAAACAAAGCCUUUUGUUUGCUUUUUAUUCAUGUUAAGGAGAUUUAGUUAAAAGAUUUAGUUAUCGGAAUUGGAAUUUAAUUUCUGUGUCAUUUCCAGUGACGACAUCUGCUGUGUAUUGUAGUUAUGUGAUCUAUGUUAAAGAAAAGAUGUCCAGUUUUAAAUGAUGUUUCAAAGGAAAUUUAUAUCAAAUUCUUUUGACAUAAGUUGCUGGAACAAAGCACAUGUCGAACAUCGCCAUCCUAUUUACAACAUAUGGCAUAAAAUACUCUGAUGUACAAAAUAACUCGUAUGUGAACUCAUCUCUGCUGGACUGUUUUCUCAUCUUUGACCUGCGUGGCGCACCGAGGGAGAGUGACAAUAAAAGUUUGGAUCUUUCCAAAUCUCUGUAGAUUCAAUUUUUUUUUUGUUUUCUUUUGCUUCACCUGCUUUUAAAAAGCAGAAUUGUGAGCUGGGAUCAAAGAUGUGGGAUGAUUAUGAGCAAUAACCAAUAAGGUCUAGUCAAAACCUUUCAUCAGUGUGACCUGCUUGUUUAUAUAUUUCUGUUUUAAUGUGAGCGCAAUGUAAAAUGUUCGCGGUCUGUAAAUAUAAAAAUUUCUUGUUGACGUCU